AUGGUCAUUGCACAUACUGCAGUUGAAUUAGCACAAAUUAAAAAACUUCUACAUGCUGUACGAACAUCGAACUAUGAUCACAUACGACGUAUUUGUGAAAAAGGGCUAAAUGGAAUAAUAAAUUAUAAUGAUCCAACUGAUGGUGAAACACCGUUAUUAGUUGCUGUAAAGAGAAAUGAUGAAAUUAUGAUACAAUUUCUUCUUGAUCUUCAUGCACACCCAGAUAUUACUGAUUUUAAGCGUCAAACACCGUUAAUGCAUGCUGCUAAACGCGGUUUUAUCGAAGCUGUACAAACAUUACUCAAUGCAAAUGCUGAUACAAACAUACGAGAUCUCGAAGAAAAAAAUGUACUUUUUGCUUGUCUUUCUGAUGGUACAUUUCGACAACAAGAAUGUUUUUCUAUUAUUAUGUCUAAACGAAUGCUCAAUGUAAAUGGAAUGACAGCAAAGGGAAAACCAUUAUUAGUCGCUGCCUGUGAAAAUGCAGUGAUUAUGGAAAAAAUCUGUUUGAUGUUACUUGAACGAGAAGCUGAUGUUAAUGCUAUUGACAAAGAGACAGGCAAAACUGCUCUGCAUGCUGCUUGUGCUUCUGGCUCAAUCAAAGUUGUACGUGAACUUUUACAACGAAAAGCUAAAGUAAAUGCUCGAGAUUUACAACAGCAAACACCUGUCCAUGCUGCAUUAACAUCCAAUGUAUUUGAACUUUUGCCAAUUCUCUCAGCCUACAAUGCGCGUUUUGAUCUUGCUGAUCAAACAUUAAAUACACCAAUUCAUCUUGCUGCCAAAUUAAAUCAAGGUAAAGCAAUUAAAUUUAUGGUUCAACGUGGUGCUAUAACUAGAACUAAAAAUAUUGAUAAUCAACUACCAAUUAAAAUUGCCAUAUUAGAAAGAAAUAAAGAUGCUAAAAAGAACAUUCGAUUAGCUGAAAAGAAACACUAUUAUCGAAAGAUAAUAUCAUCGAAAUCAAAUCCAUAUCGUGAUUAUAAAAUUCAUUUCUAUGAUUGGUUACAAGAACGAUCUGAUCGACUUUUACGAAGAUUUCAUCAAGUAGAAAAUAGUAGUACUCAUCGUAUAACACCAACUGAUCUUAAACAGAUUAUUAAUGAAGAAGGUUUUACUCAAAUUACAUUGGAUGAUCUGAAUGAUUUAAUUAUUCGACAUGAAACUAAUCCAAAUGAAAUUGAUUAUCAAACAUUUCUAUCUGGAAAAUUAUUUAUUGCAAAACCAUUUCUUAUACAGACAUUUAUUUCAAAAACAAAGAAAAAGAAAAAGAAAAAAAAGAAGAAAACAAAAAAACAACUACCAAUUCCAAUUGCAAUAUAUAAUGAAGGACCUCGAAUAUCAAAUGGCAAUCCACCUUUAGUUUAUGUAAAAAAACAUCAAUUUACAACCGAUCGAAAUCGAUUUAGUCGUGAUCAAAUUCCAAAACACAUUAUAAAUGAUGAUUCAGCACAUUAUAUGGAUAAAAUUCAUCCUCAAUUUGUACAUAUUAGUAAUGCUACUUAUCGAGGUGAUUUACAUACACUUCUUGAUGCAUUUAAAUCAGGAGUACCUGUUGAUAUACGAGAUAAAUAUUAUAAAGCACCUUUAAUGAUUGCUUGUGCAAAUGGUGAUUUAGAAACAACAAAAUUUCUACUACAAUGCGGUGCGAAUAUUCAUCUUGAAGAUCAUUUUAAAUGGACAGCACUUCAUCAUGCUGCACAUUCAGGUCAAUUGGGUGUUGUUCGAACACUUAUUGAUGCUGGUGCUAAAAUCAAUCAUGAAUCAUUAACAUUAGCUACACCACUUAGUCGUGCUAUUGAAAGUUCAGCUCUUGAUGUAGUCGAUUAUCUUAUUCAAAAGGGUGCAAAUGUUCGUCAUGAAAAUCUUACUCAACGAAAUUUACUUGAUUUGGCUACUGAUUUUGCUUCACCGCAAGUAGUAAAUGUCAUUCGAACGGCAUAUGAACGAAAGGGAAAUAAAAAAAGUAAUCAAAAAUUGAAAUCUCGUCGAAGAACACCUACUACCGUUAAAAAGAAAAAGAAUCAUGAAACACCAUCCGUUUCUAUAAAACCAGUCAAACUCGAACCAUUAUUACCAAGACGUGGUUCAUUACUUCUUGCUGAAAAACAUCUUAGAUCAUCGAAUGAUAUAUUCGGCGAAUCUAUUGCAUAUCAUCCAUUAACUAUAUGGACUGAUCAACCAACGACCGAUGAAUUACUUGAUAAAAAAGUCAAUUUGAGAAAUCAAUUUACAAUGAAUAUUGAUUUUCUCAAUUACAAACGACCAUUAUUAACUAACGCUCUAGCAAAAGUAGAACGAUAG